AUGACUAAGGCUAAUCGCAAAGUGUUAUUGCUCGUUGAUAAUUGCAUGGCGCACAAAAACCCUACAUCACUGAAAUCUAUUAAAUUACAAUUUCUGCCACCAAACGCAACAUCGAAACUACAACCUCUAGAUUUGAGAAUAAUUAAAAAUUUCAAGCAAUUCUAUCGUAAAGAGGUGGUCAAAAUUUUAAUCAAUGAUAUGGAAGAGGGGCGCAAGAGUAAUAUCAACGUUCUACAAGGCAUCAGAAUGGCCUAUAAAGCAUGGGACAACGUAAAACAACCAACGAUUGUAAACUGUUUUGCGACAUGUGGCUUUGUCCACAGUUCAAAUAUUUUGACCACAAAUGAUUGUGUUCAAGACAGCGAAGAAUGGCUUGUCGUUAAAAACCAUUUCAAUUUGGAUGAACGAUUUGAUGAUUUUGUUACUUUCGAUGAUAACGUCAGUACUACGGGUCUUAUUACUGAUGAUGACAUUGUUGAUAGUGUUUUGAACAGAAAUACAGUCGACACUGUUGUGGAGGAUGAAGAGAUCGAGAACAUUAUCACUGCCAAAGAAGCUAAGCAAAUGGUAGAAAAGCUCCAAAUUUUUCUUGAGGCACAGGAAGCUAUACCAAAAAGUGCAAUUCGAUAA